CCUAUAUUUUGUGAAAAGUGAAUAGGUCGUUCUAGAAUGUAAAUAUAAGGAUAUGAUUCAAGAUCAAGAAACCCUGUGUGUCCAUAACAAACUGACAAUAACUAUACCAAAAUGGCAAGUGUCGUGAAAUUCACGUAUAUAAUGAAAACACACGACAAAGGUUAUAGACACGACGUAUGGUAAGAAGAAGUGAAACACAUACCGGACAUAAUAUAUCAUCAUGCUACGAAACUUAACAGAUCUGUGUAGCAUAUUUGAAAUAUGAGCUCAUGGGAUUGGGAUGUGAUUUAAACAGUUUGAGUUGAAAUAAGACCUGCAUUUAAUGCAUGCUCCAAGUAACACAAACGUGCGUGAUAAUGGGUUAAGAUUUGUGUUUUAAAGAAACUGACAAACUUGUAUCGUCUUCACGUGUUGGACUGUUGAUUUUAUUUGUUAAUUUUGGAGUAGAUAAAUAAUUCAAAAAAGAGUAACCACAACAAGCAAAUGAAUUUAUUUCAUAUUUCAUUUUGUUUACAUUAUUGAAAAAAUACAACUAUGGAAUAAGUUUAAAUACAAACAAGACAUGGAUAGUGACCGGGAGAGUGAGAGACUGUUUUCUCUGCGGCUGUCCCAGGUGAUGGAGGAUAUCGGUGUCAACAGACGGAUGAUUGAGUGGAGAAGGAACACAUUUCUCAGGAUUGAAACAUUCAGUACUAUUUGUUCGAUUUUAAAGUAUAUACCUUUAACUGAUUACGUCUUUGGUAGUCAGACUGAGGCCACAACAACUUUUUGGAUGGAAUCGGAUCAUGACACCUUGCAUAGUGACGAAAGUGUCCAUGUCAUUCUCCACUUGAACAAAUGGCAGAAAGGAAAGCCAAAUCUUUUGGUUUUAAGGGAUGAGCUCACUCCUCCGCAGCACUGUUACUUACAGAGACUGAGAGGUGACGUGCCACUACCAGCAGUAAAAACAGAAGGUCCUGAUGAUGUGCUCAUUGGUGAUGGGAGAGUGUUAGUGGCCAAUACAUGGGUUGAAUGGCACAAAGCAUACAGUAGUGGUUGGUUUAAAAUUACUCAACACGGACCAUCAAUAACUGUCAAUGAAGAAGCGGACAAUGUUUAUGCAUACCAAUGUGCAGAACUACCAGAGGAAUGCCAGUUCAUGUUUCACAGACCACGCCCUGGACAUUGGCCAAGUACAGGCAUAAUGGAAAGGGCCAGGGAGGCUGGAGUCUUCUUUGUACCGCAGAGCUACAGAGAGAGCCCACCUCCAAAAUCAUGUGAACAUGAAGCAUUCAUUUGAUCAACUCAAAACUGC